UAACUGAUUUGAAAAGGAGGUUAAGUAUAUGAAGAGCUGAAAGUUUGUUGACUGCGCGAUUCUGUGAUCUGAGGAUGAUCAAACUUAAAACGAAGGAGAAUCAAGGAAUGAGGUGGUCUGCGCUCUCUCUUCCUCUCUCAGUUCUUCUUCUCUCUUUUCUUCUAUUCAAAUUCUUCCAUCUCAAGUCACAAUCUCCGCCAUCUACACCUAGAUUGUUCACUCCGGAGGAGCUAGCUCUUUACAAUGGUUCAGACCCUAACUUGCCCAUUCUUCUUGGCAUUAUUGGGUCAGUAUUUGAUGUAACCAAAGGAAAGAGUCACUAUGGUGCAGGGGGUGGUUACAAUCAUUUCGCAGGAAGAGAUGCUUCUCGUGCAUUUGUUUCGGGAAACUUUACCGGAGAUGGACUUACUGACUCAUUGCGUGAUUUAUCCAGCACUGAGGUUAAAAGCAUUGUUGAUUGGAGAGAUUUCUACUUCAGAACAUAUACAUUUGUUGGGAAACUAGUUGGCCGCUACUAUGACAGUGAUGGCAACCCUACCAAGUAUUUAAAAGGAGCCGAAGCCAAGGCUGCUAGAGGCGCACAGCUGCUCGAGAAACAAAAGAUCGAAGAGGCAAAGAUUCCUAGCUGUAAUUCUAGGUGGAGUCAAGACGAGGGUUCUGAGGUUUGGUGUGAUGAUGGUUAUCCAAGAUUGGUUCAACGACCUGUGGAAAUAGCUAUAACGGGAAAAAUGAGCAAGCGUUGUGCGUGCUUCAAAAAAGAUGAACUCGACCAACAAGGUCUCGAAGUCUAUGAAGGAUGCGACUAUUUUGCCAGUAAGUGCAAAUUAUAAUGCCUGCAAUCUUUCACAGAUCUGUGGUAGCCUGCUGAAUAGAUAUACGAACUUCAUUUUGAGGGAGAUGAUAGAAUGUAGCAACACAGCAUGCUAUGUAUUUUCUUUGAAACCUUGAACAUGAUACAUUUUCCACAGAGAAAUAGAGAUACUGAAACUCACAUUUCACUAAAUUUCA